AUGCUCCCAACAAAAAGUUUGGCUCUCAAACAAGAGAAAGCUGCAGCAGGAUAUAAAAAAAGUAAGGACAGAGUUACUGUGUUGGCUUGCAGUAACGCAACAGGAACUCAUAAAUUAAAAUUGGCUCUGAUAGGAAAGGCCAGGAAACCUAGAGCCUUCAAAAAUAUUAAAAUGAAUGGUGACCAUUUUGACCUCCCCGUUUUUUACAGACACCAAUCAAAUGCUUGGAUGUCAGAGAGCAUUUUUAACGAAUGGUUUCACAAACAGUUUGUGCCCGAAAUUAAGAAGCAUCUAAAGUCCCAGAACCUUCCAAUGAAAGCACUCUUGAUCCUCGACAACGCAACAACGCACCCGGCUGUAGAUGUCAUUCAAGACGGAGAAAUUAAAGCUAUGUUCUUGCCCCCUAACGUAACCUCCCUUUGCCAGCCUAUGGACCAAGGAGUUUUGGUAACGCUUAAGAAGUUGUAUAGGAAGAAACUCCUUUCAUGUCUCAUUCAAGCCCUAGAUGAAGGAGUCGAAUUAGUGGAUAAGUUAAAAAAAAUUGAUAUGCUGGAUGUUGUUGGCUGGAUUUCCCAGGCAUGGGAUGAACUCAAUCCCCUAACGCUCGUGCGUUCUUGGAGGAAGCUCUUGGACCACCAGGGAAAUGAGUUCAACGAAGAAAUUAAAGAUGACGAGCUAGCCACUUUAAUGGAAAAAAUCCCAGGUUGUGAAGAAGCUUCACCUACAGAUGUUUUCGAGUGGAUGGAACAAGAUGAAGAAAGCGGACCAACUUCAGAGGAAGAAAUAGUUGAUGCUUUAAAAUCAAGAGAGGAUAGUGAAGAAGAGUCAGAAGACGAAAGAUACCACUCAAAAAUCAAAACUGACACACAGCGAAGGUGUAAAAUUCUUCGAGGGAGCGAUCCAGUAUUUACAGGAACAAGGGACGACUGGAAUGGACAUUUUGUUUCUUCGACGAUUACGUGA